AUGGCUACCCGCAUCUCGCGUCCUGAGUUUGAGGCCCAUGUCGAUCCGCUCAUCCAGGAGAUCCUCGAGUCGACCAAAGCAUACAACCUCCCAGAAAACGCCCAGAAAUGGUUUGAAUCCUCCCUCAAAGCCAACAUUGUUGGCGGAAAGAUGAACAGAGGCAUGUCCGUGCCAGAUACCGCAAGCAUCCUGCUGGGUCGAUCUCUGACGGCAGAGGAAUCGAAGCAUCUCUCUCUGCUUGGCUGGUUCACCGAACUCCUGCAAGCCUUUUUCCUGGUGAGCGACGACAUUAUGGACAGCUCGAUAACACGCCGAGGACAACCGUGCUGGUAUCGACAGGAGGGCGUUGGCCUGAUCGCUAUCAACGAUGCUUUCCUCCUCGAAGGCUCCAUCUACACCAUCUUGAAAAAGUACUUUCGCUCCCACCCCGCCUACAUCGACAUUGUCGAGCUUUUCCACGACACCACCUUCCAAACCGAGCUUGGACAGCUGUGCGAUCUCAUCACUGCGCCCGAGGACAAGGUCGACUUGGACAACUUCUCCAUGGAGAAGUACACGUUUAUUGUCAAGUACAAGACUGCCUACUACAGCUUCUACCUGCCCGUGACCCUCGCUCUGCACUAUCUGCAGCUCGCCACCCCGAAGAACUUGAAACAAUCCGAAGACAUCCUGAUCCCUCUUGGUGAAUACUUCCAGAUCCAAGACGACUACCUCGACGGCUUUGGAUCUCCCGAGACCAUUGGCAAAAUUGGCACCGAUAUCCAGGACAACAAAUGCUCGUGGCUCAUCAACCAGGCAUUGGAGAUUGUCACCCCCGAGCAGCGCAAGCUUCUCGACGAGGCUUACGGCCGCAAAGAUGCUGCCCUAGAGGCAAAGGUCAAGGUUCUCUACAAUGAUCUCAAGCUUGAACAGCGCUACAAGGACUUUGAAGAGAAGCGCGUUGGUGAGUUGCGUGAGAAGAUCUCUGCCGUUGACGAGUCCGAUGGCUUGAAGAAGGAGGUUUUCUCUGCUUUCCUCGACAAGAUCUACAAGCGCAGCAAAUAG